AUGUUAAAAUUAGAUCAAUAAGAAUUAAUUAUACAGAGAAUUAAAUCAAAAAAGCCAAUAUUCAAGACAGUAAGCGAAAUAGAGUAUUUAAUCUAUUUAUUUGUAUAGACAAUUUCCUAAGUACAUUAAAAGUAGAGAAGCUAUUUAAAAAUCAAUUUUAUCAUAGAUUCAAAGAUAAGUUUCAAAUAUAGAUAUGGAUCCUUUAAAUUAUGGUUAAAAAGAAUUAAAAGAUGUUAUGAAUUAGAUGUAAGAAUAAUUGAAAACAGUUUUCCAACCUUCAUUCAAUUUAAAUGAUAAAACAAAAUAAAAAUAGAUGAUGAAAUAAGAAUCAAAAUAACUUUAUGAUGAAGAAAACAAUCAUCCAAAAAAAUAAAGAGUUGAUAAAAACAAAUGUAGAAAAUGUAAACAAUCUACUAUCCCUAUGAUAUUAAAUCUACUAUAAUAAACAGAAAAUUAGGAUACAAAUCCUCAUGUCACCAUGAAAUCUAUUAGAUAAUAAAUAGUUCAAAAAUCAUAGAAAAAAGAAGAAUAAUCAGAAUCUAAAGUUCCAUAUAUUGCUUUUGAUUAUUCUGAUCGAAUUAUUAUAUGUAAAAGAUGUAGAUUUAAAUUUCAUGCUGAAUGUGUCUAAGUACUUGAUAAUAUAAAUGAUUGGAUUUGUGAUUAUUGUUUAGACAGAAUAUAAGAAUUAAAAAGUUCUAAUUAAUGGGAUUACAUAAAUAAUAAAUAGUUGAAAUAGCAAAUAUGUCCAAAUUCUGAAUAAAAGAAGAUAUAGUUAUCAUUAAUAGAAAGAAUAUAGAAAAAAUAGAAAGUAUUUAUUAUUGAAGAAAUGGAAAUAACACCAUUUAAGCCAAUUGAUUAAAUUUCAGAUUUUUUAAGGAGAUAUCCACUAUAUAGAGGUUAGAAUGGCAAAAUAAAAUAUCCAGUUUUAGAAAAGUUGGCUUUAGAUUAUACAGAAGUUUUAGAAAUUAAAUAGAAACCAUAACCAUAUAUGAUAAAUUCAAGUUUUGUUGAAGAAAUCCUUAAAAUAUAAACAAGUUAUUAGAUUAUGUUUCCUAAUUGUUAAACACCAUAAAAUGUUAAUUAAGAUUAUAUUGAGAAAAAUUUUUAUGAAAUUCUUAUGAAUUUGUUAACUGAAUAUUUUAAUGAAUUCAUGUUAUCAGAUGUGUCUAAAUUUGAAAAGUAUUGCAAUUAGGCUAACUUUUAAGCAAAUGCAUUUUUAGAAAUUAUGAAUUAUUUGUAUGGUCGUUAAGAAAAUGUGAUGAAAGAUUUAAUAAAAAAGACAUGGAUAGAAUGUGUAAUAUAAAUUGAUCAAAUUAUCAAUUAUAAUUAUGAGUCAAAGAUAAAUAAAAUAAAUUUUAAUAGUUUAGAAUUUUCAGAUUAAAUAUACAUUUUAAAUAUAUUAACUGAGGGUUUAUAUGAUUUGGACAAAAUGAAAGAAUAAAUUAAGUAAAAGGAUUCUUAAACAAAUUAUAGACAAUGUAAAAUCUCAAAUUAUUUUAGCAAAUUUAAAAAUAUUAUUUUAACAAAAUUAAUCUGCUUAUAUUAAUUGUGGAACAUAUCUUGGUUAAGAUGCAGAUGAAUAAUAAUAUUUUUAUUUUACUCAUGUUCCUAGUUCAAUAUUUGUUGAAACUAUGACAGGAUGGGGUUAAUAUACACUUUCUGAUCUAUCUGAAUUAAUGAAUGCACUCAAUUUAUAAGGAGUUAAUGAAUUAAACUUAUUUGAAAAUCUAGAAUUAAUAAGUUAAGUCAAACUCUUUGAUAAUACAACUCCUAUAAAAACAUAGAAUAGAUUAAUUUAAAGUAUUUGUAAACCAAUAAAUAGAAUAGUAAUAUAAUCUAGAAAUUAUUGAAGUUAUUGAAUCGUUUUUGCUUACUGAAGAGACAUAUACAAAAUACUUGUAAUCUAGAAAUUUGAUAUGGAUAGAAAAUAAUUAGAAACAAAAUUUUUAUUAAUUAUUAAAGAAUGAAAAAUAACUUUAAUCUAUAAUAUAAGCACUAAAAAUGUUUUUUAAUGGCUUAUUAUUAUUAAAAUCAAAUGAUGGAUAUAUUAUUAAACCAUUUAAGUUAUUUAAAUAAAAUUUUUAGCUUGUUAAUUAAUUAGCUGUAUUUGUGGAUAAUGCAUCAACUUAAUAUAGCAUUUAUAUUUCUUUAAUUACUUUAAAUUUAUUAUUAGAUGAGUAUCAGUAAUAUCGAUCUUAAAAAGAAUUAAAAAAUAAAAAAAAUUAAGUUCCAAGAAAACUUACUUAAAAAGUUACCUAAAAAGAAGUUAAAUAAAUAAAAAAAAAAUCAAAAUUAAAACAUAUUGAAGAUGAUGAAUCUAUUGAAUAAGAAUUAAGUCCUUAAUAUCCUACAAGCUUAGCUAACAAAAGAGAAAAAAGGGAAAAUGCAGGAAAAAAGUAUAAAAUUUACUUAUUUUAAGUCCAAAUAUGAACUUUGAUUAGUAAGUGAAGAAUCAAAAGAAAAUAUUUUGUACAUUUUGUAAGAAAUAGUUUUCAUAAGCUUCUUAAAGUGUUUAAUGUUCAAGAUGUAACAAACCUUUUCAUCAAGAAUGCUUAAUAAUAAGAAAAGACUAUUGCAAAAAUUGUGUCAGAAAUGGCAACAAGAAAUAAAAAUGA